AUGUGGGGUACUUUGACUGUCAUGUUUGAAGGAUGCUCUACCUCUAUGGAAUCAACCAUUACCACCUUAACAAGGAGGUAUGAAAGAUUCUUCUCUUUGAGGAAUGAGUCCUUAACAGACACUCAUACUCGUUUUAAUGCUUUGGUUAAUGAUCUAGCUGCUGUAGGUAUUGAAAAGAAAAAUGAAGUUUUAAAAAGCAAGUUUUUAGAUUCAUUACCACCAAAGUGGAACAAUUAUAUUUCUUCUGUGAAGCUAAGUUCUGUGUAUCAUAAUCUUGAUCUCCCUGGACUUUUUGGUUUACUCCAUAACCAAGAAUGUUCAGAAGCUGAAAAGUUGAUUGCUAUGGGUGAUUCUUAUAGUCAGCCUUCUACUGCACUUGUUGCAUCCAUGACUGAACACCCUAGCUCAAUAUCUAAUGAGAUCAUUCCCUGUUGUGAAGAAUCUGAUGGUGAUGAGUUAGCCAAUGAAGUGGCUAUGUUGGCUGAUAGGAUAAGAAGGAGAUCCUUUGGAAAAUUCAAAGAAAAAGGUAAAAGUGGACAAGCUGAUAAGACCAAGAAGCCUUUUGAUAUGUCCAAAGUCACUGUGUCAGUCAAAGGUGGAAGAGGUGAAAAAUAUUCAAAGCUCAAGACAAAAUACAAAGCUCUCAAAGCACAAGUUGCAGAGCUGAGUAAUAAAGUUGAGAAAGAUGAAAAGAGUCUGAUUGCUAGAGACUGGGCUGAGAGUGCUACAUCUUCAGAAGAUGAAGAAUACUCAAAUGAGAAGUGUCUUAUGGCUAAAGAGAAGAUUGCUGAAGACCUUGUGAAAUUGCAAGAGCAAUCUGAGUCAGCUCAUAAAGCUUCUACAAGUCAGACUGCUCCACCUGAGAAUUUCACCAUUGAAAAGUUAGAGUCUGAAAUUAAAAAUCAAAAGCAACUGAAUUCAAUCUUGGUAACUGAAGCUAAAGUUUCUGAAGAAAAGUUUUUGAAAAUCAAACACAUAACUGAGUCAUGGUGUACAAAUUCUAAAAGAGCUUCAAAAUGUGUCAAUGUUCAAGUUCCUCAUCAAGUGCAAGCUGUGUUUGAUGGUGACUAUGAUAGAGCUAUUGCUAUCAGUGAAGUUUGUGCCAUGGAACCUUAUCAGCCUCCUUCUCCUCCUAAGAAGUCUGGUAUUGGUUUUAAAGAUCCUGAUGUUAUUGGUCAAACCAUUGCGGAAGCUGUGUCUGAAUCAGAUAGGGUAAUUGAACUAAAACCUGAGGAAACUCUUGAUUUAUCAAAGCUAACAAUUACUCAAUCUAUGUCAAACUCAAAGAAAGGUGAGAUUUCUAUGGAUAAUGAUUUUUUGGCUAAAGUGUCUGAUCCCAAAAUUGUUGAUCAAAGUAAAUUAAGGUCUGAAUGUAAGAAAUCAGGAAUUGGAAAAUGUUCUGUUCAAAAAGAAACUCUUAAUGUUACCAAAAAGAAUUUCAAAUCUGGUAGGAGUCAGAUCAAGCAACAAUGGGUUUCAAAAUGUGAUAAGAAUAUUGGUUCAAGUACCCAAUCUGAGUCAGACCCAAUGGGCUAUCACGACUCACAUACCUGGCACUUGGACAGUGGGUGUUCCAAGCAUAUGACUGGAUGUAAGUCCCUGCUAUGUAGCUUUAGGACGAGCGCUGGUCCUAGUGUUACAUUUGGAGAUGAUUCCCAAGGAAGAACAGAAGGUUUUGGUAUUUUGUCAAAUGGUCCUCUUACUUUCAGAAGGGUGUCUUAUGUGAAUGGCUUGAAGCACAAUCUGAUAAGUGUGAGUCAGUUGUGUGAUGCUGGCUAUGAAGUAAGAUUCCGAGCUGAUAAGGGCAUUGUUCUGGAUUUAGAAGGUUGCUCCAAGUCAGUCAAUGAAUUCUCUGAAGAUGAAGAAAUCAAUUUUGAAGAACUGGAUAUUCCUGAGAAUGAGCCUCCCUCUAAUCUACUUGUUGAAGACAAGAAUGCUCAAACUCAGGGGGAGCAAAUCAUUGAAGAAGAAGAGUUACCAUUCUUUGAUUGUGAGCAAGCUGAUCCUACUCCUACCUAA